GGACAGGCUAUUGGUCAAGACACUGUCAGAGGAAGCUGGGGAGCUGAUAAAUCUUGGGGUCAAAGUCUCCUGGCUUGCUGCUUGCCUUAAUAAUGGGGUAGAGCUUUUAAUGUGUAACUCUGGGAGAAGCUAAGCCUAUAAGAGCUCCUGCGGGGAUGCGUACCUGAGCCGGAUCCUCAGCAGCUCUCAGCGGUGUCUGCCCACGCCAGCAAGGAGGAUGUCUGAGAAAUUUGAAAUAUUGAACCUGGAUGUGAAGUCAGGGGCCAGCCUGAAGAUAAAGGGCAAGAUCUCUGAUGAUGCUGAGAACUUUGUGAUUAACCUUGGCAAGAGCGCUAGCGAGCUGGGGCUACACUUCAACCCCCGCUUCAACCAAUCCACCAUCGUCUGCAACUCCAAAUGUGCCAACUGCUGGCAGUCGGAGCAGCGCAGCAACCACCUGCCAUUCUCCAAAGGCUCGGAGGUCAAGUUUGUUGUCAGCUUCCUGGGAGACAAGUUCAAGGUGAAGCUGCCAGAUGGGCAUGAGCUGGAGUUCCCCAACCGACACGGCUACGACAAGAUCACCUAUCUCAGCGUGAAGGGUGGGUUCAGGGUCAUCUCCUUCAAACAGGAUUGAUGGGUCCCACUUCCUCACUUAAAUGACCCUUCCCAUGGGGUCUUUAUUAAAUCCCAACUGCACUGACUCCUAUGAUGUCCUUGGCCUUUCAGCACCUGAUAGAGGAAAGGUUCUAGUGGGAACACCCAAACUGGGGCUCCCCAUCUGUAGAAAGAGGCAGAUGUCCUCCAAUGGUCCCUCUAACUUUUCCAUCUGUGUGUGGAAUACAUUUUGUUGUGGGCACCAAGGUGGUGCAUAUUCACACAUGGCAGUAGAAACACAUGCUGCCCGCUGGGCGUGCUUUGCUAAUCGGCUGAGUGGCACCCGAAUCUCUCCUGGGUGGCCACAUAGAGCAAGUGCUGAAUUGUGGCUAUUCCAGGAGGACCUCUUUCUCUUGGCACUGGUGGGUGUGAUUAGUGGAGGGGGGAGAUGAAAACUUCUCCAGGGCACUACAAGAUGAUGCUGCACUGAGUGAGCUGGCAGUAGACAGGUUCCCAGGCCUGAGUGCGCAGAAGAGGGUCAGGCAAUGCUAGAGUGCACUUUCAGCAGGCUGAUGGCAUGGUGGGAAAGCCCAGGGUAGGUAGCUGGGUAAGAGGCUGGUUGGGUGCUGCACCUGCAGAAAGCUCUGUUUCCAGGCUGGGCACACUUCCAGGCCAGGGGGGAGAUGGUACCCUCUCUGUGGUACUGUCAAACAUGGAAUUUCCCCACCUGCUGGUGUGAGGUGGCUUGUCCCUUCUCCUGGUGCCAGGCACAGCCCAUUGAGGAAGCAACUGCACAGGUGUUAACUACAGCUUGCAUCCUGCAAGAGAUAAGGGGGAUCGUCCUCUGCCUCCCUUCACGCUUAUCACUGCCUCUCUUAUGGGCUGGGAAAUUCUAGCCAGGUUACCCAUUACCCAGCCUUUCCCA